CUAUGCAACCGCAGUCGAUGUUGCUAAUGUUAUAAUAACUCCGGUGCCAUGUACCUUGACAUCAAUGUCACUUUUUAACCGACUCAAAAAUUGUGUGGUACAUGAGACAGGAAAAAUUAUAUCAUCUUUUGACUGCGUAUACGAUUCAAUUUCAAUUAGUGAUGAGCUCCGCAAGAUGCUUCUUAUUGAAGAAUCUGAAUACUAUUACCUUUAUAACAAAAAAGAGCGUGAUGAAUUUCUUUUUAGGCUAUUUAAAUUUGUAUGUAUCGGUGGAGAAAUAUGCCAAUUUGAAUCAGAUAUUAAUGCUUACUUCAAUUUUACCAAAAGUUUGUAUAAAAAUUUGAUAAGUGUAAAGAAAGAUACAGUAUCGGAUAGUAUAACAGUUAUCUCCCAAGUUUAUGAAAUAAAAUGCUACGAUACAGCUGGAAAUUUGGUUUAUCCUGCUUCAACUGAACAUAUAAAUACAUUUGGAUACUUAAUCUUUACAUUUGAAUCAGGCAUACCAAAAAUUUAA